AAACUGUUACAGAGAAUUAUUUUCCGGUUUUAUGAAUCUAUGAAGAUAUUCAUCUGGAAAGAAUUUGAGUGCAUACGAAAUUAUAUAUAUAACGAAGAAUAUACGAAGAAUAUUAGUAAUUUAUUUUAAAAAAAUGGACUACAGUUGACCAGCACAUUUAUUAUAUCGCUGUAAAAAACCCUUACACAAUAAUUUGAGUGAAAUCUUAUGUUAUGUAACUGAUGUUUGGAAGAAUCGCUUUAGUCGCAUAGAUAUUUAUUUAUCUUUUUAUUCAUCCUUACCUAGUGAUUCAUCACAGUUUCGAGUACACAAGCUUCGUGUGUUUAAUUCUACGUUUUGAUUCAUAUUAUGAUCCACAAUUUAUUACAAACAUUUAAAUAAAAGUUUCUAAAAGAUAAAGAAUCGCUAACUGUUCUAAGUAUCAUUUAUUUUGUCUAGCAGUUGCUAACUGGUAUAAUUGGCAGCACCUCUUAAAACAACGAUUCUGAUUGGCUAAGGAACAUCUAACUGUCUCCCUUUCUAAAGUAUAAGCAAAGUGACUCAUCGUUGAUUUUAUAUGAAAUGGACGAAAAAAUGGGAAAAGAAAUAUUGGAGAAGCAACUCGAUUGACAGAGCACGAUAGCUCCACAAUUUUGCGGUUUAAAUUUUCUAUUUAUAAAUACAAGUAUUUAUGGCAUCCCGCUGUUAAGUAUAUUCAACAUUUUUUAUGUAAAAUUAAAUCACUUUUUGCAGGUUUUACCUCGUUUCUCAGAUUUAACAGAACAGUUUAAUAGAUUUUUAUCCAUUCCUUUGCUGAUUUUACAAAGAAGAAAGUUUUUGCUGUUUUAUUUAUGCACAAAGCGUUCGACUAGAAAGGUGUCACAGAUGAAUAUAUUAGUGGUUCAAACCUGGAGCGCAUUUUCCAUAAACAAAGCGAGGGAAUACUAACAACAGGUACCCAAGCAAGCGAAACUCGGGACGAAUUUUGUAAAAAAAUUACCGGGAUAUCAUCGAGAAUAAUAAGAAAACAUGGAUACUAGUUAGAUGUGUGUGUGUUAAAAAAGCGAAAUGGAGAGAAAAUCGGGUUUAUAUAUCAUCUUGGUUUGUCUUUGGGCCAUUCCAAACGUCGUCAAAGGAAGCAAUAAUAUACCGUAUAUAACGACAACUAACCUUGCGCUGAGGGUGAACGAAAAUGCCACAAUUGGUACUGAUAUUGCUACAAUCCAAGCGGAAGAUGUAGAAAACGACAAAUUGACAUUCAGCCUGAGUGACACAAUUAAUAAGAUCUUGGAAAUCGGGCCAGAUUCCGGGAUAAUUAAACUCAAGGGAAAAGUUAAUAGAGAGAUUCAAGACAAUUACGAGUUCACGGUAUAUGUUGAAGAUAACUACAAUGGAGGCGGAUUAGCCAGAAGGGGUUCCAAGUUUUUCUUUUUAAUCGUAGACGACUACAACGACAAUGCUCCAGUCUUUACGGAGCAACCUUACAUGGCCAAGAUAGCCGAGAAUGCAAGAGUUGGCACGACGAUCCUAAAAAUCAGCGCGAUUGAUGCAGACUCCGGCACUAAUUCGCAGGUCCAAUACAAAUUCAGUAACGCCACAGCGACACAGACACAAAACGUCAUUCUCAUCUCGUCUUGGCAGACGCCGUUUUUCUCGCUCAAUUCUGUGAAUGGUGAGUUGACGCUAGGCGGCCCACUGGAUUUCGAGGUGGCUCGCAGCUAUAUGCUUGUGGUGAUUGCCGAGGACCUGGGCGUUCCCAAGCUGGAGUCAAGAACGACAGUGAUCAUAGAAGUGACGGAUAUAAGCGAUAUGCCACCGAGGUUUCUUCAGUCUUCCUACCUCAAGGAGAUUGAAGAAAACACGCCAAUAGGCAGCACAGUGGUGACUGUGGAGGCGAGAGAUGGUGAUGUUGGCAUCAAUAACCCGAUACUGUAUGAAAUAAUAUCAGGUAACUCGGACGGUGUAUUUACGAUUGAUAGCAACACAGGUGUCAUCACUGUGAACGGAUCCAUCGACGCCGAGAAAACAGACGUGUUCAGGAUCACAGUAAAGGCGUCAGAGGUCCCUGACCCAAACUCUAACACGACAGUGACCGUCGUGGUCACAGUAGUGGACGUGAACGAUAACAGACCUGCAUUCUUGCAGUCCGUGUAUAUCUUCGAUGUCCGUGAGGACGUGGCUCUGCCCGGACGUGUCGUGUCCGAUCAACUCCAAGUCACCGACGGCGAUAAAAACCCCGUUUUUCGCCGGGUGUUGUACCAUUUGGUUGGCGCAGACAGCGAUAAGUUCGCCAUCGAUCCGACUAGCGGGACCCUAUACAUCAACAAAACGCUUGACUACGAGAAGCAAAUAAACUUUACUUUUGACGUUGUGGCGACUGAGACGGACACAAGCGAGAAGUUCUCGGCGAACGCAUCCGUAACGCUAACGCUAAUUAAUGUAAAUGAUAACAAACCCAUGUUCGCUAAAUCUUCUUAUAACUACACGAUGGACGAGGAGAUCACACCAGGGACGCACAUAGCUGAUAUCACGGCCACGGAUGCCGACCUUGGGACGUUCGGUGCGUUGACGUACGAACUGAGAGGGGGUCAGGCAGCAUACUUUUCAGUCAACGCCGAUAAUGGCACAAUCAGUGCGGCGCAAAUACUCGACUACGACACCCUCCCUCAGUAUCUAUUCUCACUUGUGGCCAAAGACGGGGGAGGCUUCUAUCAGGAAAUUGCCAUAGCAACCGUGACAGUUACCCUUCAAGAUGUGAACGACAACGACCCAGAAUUCACCGGGAUGCCGUACACUAGUGACAUUGCCGAGAACCUGCCUGCUGGUACGAGUGUGUUCCAGGUCACCGCGACCGAUAAAGACAGCGGGGAGAAUGGGCGGCUGUCCUUCAACAUCAGCGCGGGAGAUGAUGGCGGACAUUUCUCGAUUAACGGAAGUGGCCUGGUAACAACAGCCAGGGAACUGGACAGAGAGACUAUUGCUACAUACACACUUGCAGUCUCCGCGUAUGACCACGGCGUGUCAAGUCGUCACAAAGACGUCCAGCUUACAGUCAACGUCUUGGACGAGAACGAUAACACACCACAAAUCACAGAUGGCCUGACCAUCACAACCAACAUCAGCGAGGGUGCGGGUGGCGGGACCGUCCUCCUCUCCUCCAUAGCAGCCGUUGACCCAGAUGCCGGAAGUAACGGUCAGCUGACAUACUCAAUGUCUGGCGGGGACAGCCGAUUUACUCUCAACAGCGCUACCGGUAGGCUCCAGAUCUCCCCGACCGGGCUUGACCGUGAGCUUAAGGACUCGUACGACCUGAUUAUUAAUGUCACGGACAAUGGAUCUCCUCCAAAUACGAACUCAACCACGGUCCACGUGACCAUUCUAGACGUGAAUGACAACACACCGGCGUUUGACCCGAACCCGGCUCAGUCCCUCGCGACUUAUGUGAUCACGGUUGACGAGGGACCGGGUACCAUUAACAAGAGCUUGAUUGACAUCAAUGCUACUGACCCGGAUGCAGACGCGAACGGUAAAGUCGCGUAUAGCCUGUCGGGAGAUGAACAUGGGUUCUUUCGCCUCGAUCCCGUGACGGGUGAGUUGUCUGUAAGGAAAGAAUUGGAUCGCGAGAGCCCCCAAAUGAGCCGGAAUGCUCAAGGCGACGGGAGAUUCCUUCUCGACAUAACAGCCACCGAUCAGGCAACACCGAUCUCCGACAGAAAGUCAGCAACAGUCAGGGUGAGCAUCACUGUUAGAGAUAUCAAUGACAACUCGCCCCAGUUCCAGUCCCAGAAUUUUGAAACGCGGUUAAGCGAGGCUGCGCGACCUGGUAGUAAUGUGAUCCAGGUCUCCGCGACUGAUCAGGACCUUGAGUACAAAGGGAAAGUCAUCUACAACAUAACAGAUGGCGACGAGAACCAUAAUUUCGAGAUCUCACCAAAUGGAAUGAUCCUGACGAAGACGGCGCUUGACGCGGACAGGGAGCCUAAGUACAACCUGACCGUCAUCGCAAGUGACACCGGGACACCACCUCUUACGUCACAGACCUAUGUAGUUAUCUACGUCGAUGAUGUCAACGACAACGACCCGGUAUUCAACCAAUCAAAGUACGCCGCUGACGUGCUUGAGAAUAGCCCUACCGGUACCCCUGUGUUGAGAGUGCACGCGUCGGACCGGGACCAAGGUGCUAAUGGUAACGUCACGUAUAAGUUAACCAACGGAAAUAAAGAUGACGCGUUUAGCAUCAAUAACGUCACGGGGGAGAUCACAGUUGCUGGGGUGAUUGACAGGGAGGCGGUACAUACGUUCGUGCUGACGGUACAGGCGGAAGACCAGGGAGAGCCCUCGAGCAGAAAGACAUUCGCUGAGGUGGUGAUCACAGUUAAGGAUGAGAAUGACAACUUCCCUCAGUUCAGCUUUACCGGGUACGAGGGAGAGAUCGCAGAAAACUCUCCCGUGGGAUCCACGAUUACGAUGAAGCAGGCAAUGAUUGCCACAGACGCGGACGAUGGAUCAAACAAGGACAUUACUUACUCACUCUCAGGUCCCGGAUCAGAAAAUUUCGUCAUCAACGCUUCGACCGCGGUGAUCACCGCGAGCCCCAGUAGCUCUAUUGACCGCGAGAGAAAAGCGACCUAUCACCUUAAUGUAACCGCGACUGACGGAGGCGGAAAGAACGCAACAGCCCGACUCACAGUGAUCGUCACUGAUAAAAAUGACGAGUCCCCCCUGUUCGAGAAGAGCAUGUAUUACGUGAAUGUAUCAGAAUCCGCCUCUAGAGGCAUUGUGAUCGGGAGGGUGACGGCGACAGACAGGGACGAGGGGAUCAACGCCAUCAUCUUCUACUCUUCCAACGGCGCAGAGGCCAAGUUCUACGUCAGCCGAUCAACAGGUGACAUCAUAGUGGAUUCCCCGCUCGACCGCGAGUUCAAAAACGUCUACAUCCUCAAUGUUACCGCUGCCAACAUAGUCGCGGGUGCACAAGACACAACUACACAGGUCCACAUUACGGUCACUGACGUCAUCGAUGACAAGCCAUACUUCAACUCCAGCUCUCUCACGGUCAAAUUGUCCGAGAAUGCGUCCAUCGGGACAAAAGUAACGAAGAUCACAGCCCUGGACAAAGAUAUCGGUGAUACUAUUAGUUACUCCAUAGCAAACGGAGACCGCUAUGGGCUAUUCACGAUUGAUAACGUCACCGGGGAGAUCAGGACAGUAGCUGAACUAGACCGUGAGAAUGUGACACAAUACGAGCUAUUCGUGCAAGCCAAGGAUAGUGUGAACCUUGUGUCGGACUUGCUAAAGGUCGUAGUGCAGGUGGAGGACGUUAACGAUAAUCCACCGGUAUUUAGCAUGCCCGGGUAUACGAUAGAAUACUGGGAGGAGUCACCCGAGGGGACUAGUAUUCUGCAAGUCAAAGCCAUCGAUGCGGAUAUAGGGGAUAACGCCGCGGUGCUUUAUAGCAUCGUGGAGAACGUCACUGAUUACGUCACUGUGAAUGCAAUAACAGGCGUUAUUUCCCUGGGAAGUAGCCAAUUAGAUCGCGAGGUAGAGGAGUAUUUUAACUUCACCAUUCGCGCCACGGAUUCGGGCGUCCCUUCUAAAUCUUCUACUGCUAGUGUCGCGAUAAAUUUGGUCGAUAUAAACGAUAACUCGCCAGUCUUUAAUAAUACGGACUACUACGCGUAUGUUCGGGAAAACCAGCCAGCUGGGACGCCUGUGCUAGUUGUGACCGCGUCUGAUAAGGACGUGGGUACCAAUGCCAAGCUGUCAUAUGUGCUGAGUGGAGUUUUGUACACAAGGUUCGCCAUUGACCCAGACACGGGCAACAUAACAACUAGAGAGCCUUUGAACCGAGAGGAGACUGGUAGCUACACGUUGACCCUGCGCGCGGUGGACUCGGCCAUACGGGCAAGAGAAGGGACCACGAGGGUCAUCAUCACUGUCACGGAUGCCAACGAUCACGUGCCCCAGUUCACGCAAUCCGGAUAUGCCUUCUCUGUCAGGGAGGACGUGAAGGUCGGACACACAGUCGGACGAGUAGCGACAACAGAUGAAGACAUCAAUGACAAUGCGCGUGUUCGAUACUACAUUUCAUCCGGGAACAUAAGUUUGAUGUUCAGUGUGAAUGAAACAACAGGCAUCAUAAGUACGACGUCUACCCUGGACAGAGAGCAAAAUGCAUCAUACACGCUAAUCAUAACGGCCAAAGAUCACGGUAUUCCCGCACUCGAGAGUAACACGAGUGUCAUGAUCACGAUUGAAGACGUUAAUGAUAACAAGCCAUUAUUCAGCAAAAGCGUCUACAACGUCACGUUACGGGAGAGUGUCUUCCUUAAAACACAGGUGGUACAAGUAGUUGCUACUGAUCCUGAUGAAGGUGCGAAUGGACAGUUCACGUACAAGAUAACAGCUGGAGAUACUGACGACGUGUUUAAUAUAGACGCGAACACUGGUCUCAUUACUAUAAAAGCCAAACUGGACUACGAGAAAACCUCUCUCUACAACUUAACAGUCUCGGCACAAGACCUCGGUACCCCUCCGCUGACUGGGGCCUGUUUUGUUGAGAUUCACGUGAGCGACGUAGACGAUAACGCGCCUGUCUUCCACAAGCCCCGGUACUCGGCGGAGUUGUACGAGAAUGUAACACGUGGCCAUCACGUGAUCACUGUCAAUGCAACGGAUAUUGACGCGGAGGCCUCGCAUAAGAGAGUAUACUACAGGAUCGAGUCAGGCAACACGGAUUCCAUGUUUCUGAUUGGCGAGCAGAGUGGCGUGAUCACGCUGAACUGCACACCCUCGGGCUGCCUGGACCGAGAGACGCACGCGCGGUACGAGCUACAGGUGGCGGCGAUCAGCCGUGUGAACCUGACGGAGCAGAAAUCACUCGUGCCCGCGGUGAUCACAGUGCUCGAUGUGAAUGAUAACGCUCCCAGGUUUGAUAGCGAGUCGUACGUCAGGUCUGUGCUGGAAGAUACUGGGCCCAUAACCGAUGCAACCAUCCUCACAGUGAAGGCACAAGAUGGAGACGAAGGCGAAAGCGGAGAAAUCAUCUUUACCAUCGUGUCAGGAAACGAGAACGGUGUAUUCCAGAUGGAUAACAAGACUGGUGUACUCACAAGGACACGCCCCUUAGACCGAGAAGACACUUCCUUCUACUCUCUGGUUGUUAUGGCAGAAGAUAAAGGCGAGCCCGCGUUGUCAAGCAGCGUGACAGUUAAUAUCACGGUGUUAGACAUGAACGACAAUCUCCCGAUUCUUCAGACGCCGAUGGAUGUCCUGAUACCUGAGAACGCAACGAUAGGUACACUUAUCACACAGCUCAACGCCAGCGACCGGGACACCGGUCCAUUCGGUCAGCUGACAUUCGCCAUAAUCAGCGGAAAUGAUGAAGGAAGCUUUACUCUUAAUGAGACAACGGGGGAGAUCCGUACAGCGAAGGCUCUUGAUCAUGAGAGGAUAUCACAAUACAAGCUAACCGUCAAAGCACUAGACAAGGGAACUCCGAGACUCUCAAGUGGAGAAAAACAAGUGAACAUCUUCCUGAUUGACUUAAACGACAAUAAGCCUAUCUUCACAGUGCGCCGAACUACUUUUUCGGUAGAAGAAAACCUAGAUGCUGGGGUGCCUGUGGGUGUGGUGGCCGCGCAGGAUUUGGAUACCAAAAAUCUUAUCUACUAUUAUAUAACAAAUACUGAAGAACAAAAGUAUUUUAUACUAAACGAGACAAGUGGGGAAUUGCGGACAAGAAUAACACUGGAUCGUGAAGAUUCAUCUGUACACUAUCUUUACGUCAAGGCAUCGAAUGACAAGCUGAACAUUACCACGCUUCAGCCGCUCGCAAGAAAACGACGUGCAGUGGCAGAUCCUGCGAAUAGUAACACGACCAACACCACCCAAGCACCACUCCCCGAUGACCUCACGGUGCAACUCGUAGAAAUCGAAGUCGGCGAUACCAAUGAUAACGGACCGCAGUUUACCAAGACGUUGUACACGGGUGGCGUGACGGACUCUGCUAAACCCGGAUCAAACAUACUACGAGUAACGGCUAUCGAUAAGGACUUUGGUAACAACAGUCGCAUUGCAUACACCAUCCGGCCUGGCAAGGACAGUGACAAGUUCAGUAUGGACAUGGAGACUGGGUGGAUACUCGCACAAGUCUCGUACGCCGGCAAAACCGGACAGGAAUACGUUCUGGAUGUAAUGGCGGCCGACAACUUUGGCCAGACGCCUUAUUUUAAUGAUACAGCAACUGUGAAGCUAUACGUCUUAACCGACAAACAGCGCGCCGUCAUUAUUUCCACACGACUCCCGUCGGAACUCAGAUCCGUCCAAGACGAACUUAUCAGAGUGUUACAAAACGUCACAGGGUACAUUAUUAACAUUGACGACAUAAACUAUUGGAAGGACCCAAAGACAGGAAAUUAUGACAGGACCAGAACUGAGGUCACGUUUCACGCGAUCGAUCCGAUAACAAAGAAGAUUAUCGACAGCGACGAAGUCAUCUCAAAAGUGGAUAAAUACUGGAUAAAUCACAGGCUGUUUUUCGAGGAAUGGGAAAUCAAAAAAGUAGAGCGAAAGGUUCCCGUACCGCUAACAGAGGAGUUCCCAUGGAUGCUCGCCAUCGUCAUAGGCCUGUCCGUCCUACUCUUCCUCCUCAUCCUGAUCUUCUGCUGUGUGGUCUGUCAAUUACGAAGACGCAAUAAAGCAGAGGAGGCACAACUUUACGCCGCAAGAGCGCGAUCCUUCACCAGCCCCCAAUCGUACGGGAACCCUGUGGACAAAACAGAUAACGCUCCGUUUGAUAGCAGCAUAAUCGACAUGAUCGAAGCCAAUGCUAGUUGCCCCGAAUAUUUACACACACGCUCUUCAUCUAACCCCGGAUAUCAUGGGAGCCCUGUGCGGUUAACAAACAGCGAGCCCACCGAGAGUAGCACUGAUAUGAUUGAGGAGUACGGAAAUAGUCAACACAUCGAAGAGAGGCUCCGGAAUGCACGCCAUGUACCCUUACCCGGAUUGAACGGGAACCCUGUGGAUGGUUCUAAUGCCCGAGAAACAAGGAGCAAUGAAAGGCUUCAAGCACCUCCGACUUUGUACUUAGAUGCCAACGGUAAUGGGGCUGUCGGAAGGUACGGGAAUGAUUCCCGGUCACAUCCCGGAUCAUAUGGGAACCCUGUGUAUAAUAACAACCGAGCUACUAUAAUUAGAAAUAGUGACCCGAGAAGUGCUCGAGAAACAGAUGACAACGACGUUCGUUUAGUCACCAUGGAGUAUCGGAAGUUCUUGCGAUUGCCCACAAUGAACGGUAACCCUGUGGAUCGUUCAGCACCUCAAAAUACUGAGAAUUAUCGUAACUAUCGUAACUAUCGCUACGUAGCGACAGGCUACCCGUCUGGAAAUUACCCACUCAAAAGAUAUCCAACCAAAGGCUACCCGUCCACUAUUCCCGAGUUGUUCGAGGGUCCGCUGGAGGAGGACGAUCUCUCAGUUAACAGUAGCUCCAGCGAGAUGACCAUCAACACAUCGACACGUGACAUCGCCGUGGACUUUCAGACCAAGCGGUGGGUGAAGAAUCAUGGGAAAUACGUGGCCGGUGUCGUCAUUGAUGAUACAAAGCUAUGAUUUGAUUACCAUAGCUAUAGCAACCAGGUUAUGGUAGCUAUGGAAACUUAGUCAAUUUAUGUAUGAAAUGACAUUCGUGUGAAGUAGGUGAGAUAAGUUGUUACACGAGGAAUGAUUUACUUCAAUGACGACAAAGAGCAAAAUUGCAAGAUAUAUAGAGGGAUAUAAAAGAUAUUGCUCUGGACAGAAU